AUGUAUAGUAAUUAUGUAACUUUUAUGGAUAAUGUCUCGAAAUAUUUCAGCGCGAAUUGUUCGCGAGUGUCAAUUCUUACCAUGUUCUCCUUUGCUAAACGAUUGGUAGAUCGACUUGAUGGCGCCCAGGGCCAGAACAAAACGGAUUCCUACUUCAAGAAUGGAUUCCUGAUCAAUAACAAAGGAUAUGGGCUUCGGGUGUUGAAGGUAACUCCUCAUUCGAUCGCACAUCAGCAUGGACUCGAGUCAUGGUUCGACUAUAUAAUACGAAUUAACGGCCAUGAGCUUCCUAUGAUGUAUCCUUCGCUUUCCAACUACGCCUACAGCAUCAAUGAUGAUGGUCUGAUAAACUAUGGAGGACAAACCACCUCAGAACAGGCGGGAAUGAUAAACACCGACUUGCUUCUCCAAGAAUUAUCGGCAAUAUCCAAGAACGAACAUGCUACAAAAGAGAUCACUUUGGACGUGUGGAGUGCUAAGGGUGGCAUUAUUCGUCAAGUACGCUUGCCAUUGAACAAACCAGAUGAAUUAAAAGACGAAACCAGUGUAGACUCGUCCAAAUUAUUUUAUGGUUUAUUUGCCGAAAUCGGUGUUGUUCUUCUGUCGCAACACUUGAACACCGCCACCUAUGUAUGGCGUAUCCUCCAGACUCAUAUGGGGUCCCCGGCUUUCCAGGCUCAAUUGGUGCCAUACUCCGACUAUAUCAUAGGCUGCGAUUCUGCGUCGCCUGAUGAGCCCCAAGGUCAAGGACUUUUAACCAGUGGUGGUGAAGCGUUGUUGUCCAGGGUUGUUUUGAACUACUACAACCAACAUUACCUGAAAACAAACGACGAUUUCGUACCAAUUACAUUAUAUGUCUACAAUCAUGACUACGAUAUACUCCGACCUGUGACUGUCAACUUGUCUCGCUCGUGGGGUACCGGCCAUAAUAAGGGUGUGCUUGGCUGUGACGUCGGUUAUGGGUUGCUCCAUCGAAUUCCUGAGGUGAUAGGCAAGUUUGGAAACCACGAAAUUGUGGACGAUGUGCUCUUUGAGAAUAAGGAAGAAAUUGCUUACAAUUUGAAUCCACCAGCAGAAACCAGUCCUGCUGUUCCUGCCACGCCUGCUCCAGGUCCCGAUGCGUUUGUACCUUUAAGUGCUGGGGCUGCUCCUCCGCCUCCUAGAGGGGCCGCUAAAAAGAAGAAGCAUGCUGCUCCAACGGGUGGUUUGGGUGAUCUUCAGGAUUACAUGAAUGAAGAAUUGGCUAAGUCAAAAGAGCAGGAUGUCACCGCUGGGUCCAGCUCGCCAACGAAGGACUCGGUACCUCCUCCUCCUCCAAUAAGUAACUAA